UGUGUGUGUGUGUGUGUGCGUGCGUGUGUGCGUGCGUGCGUGUAGGUGACAGAAGAGACAGCCAGAAGAGACAGAACGGGUCGGCGAGAGAGGCGAUACUAACGUCGCGUGAUAAAGUCGGGCGAGGCGACGCGCGAAACACUCGUCUCCCCGAAAGGGCCCGAAGUCAUGACUGCCGCGACGCCGACCGCGCUCGAGCUCCUCGAACGUCUUUUCGCAGAUCCGGUGGAGCCGCGAAAGGUCUACCACUACUCUGACAUGGGAGAGGGAGAGGCUUCGACCGCGGCUGACAACAAAGAACGAGAGCUACGAGGGGAAGAAGAAGACGACGACGACGACGACGACGACGGCGUCGACGACGACGACGACGGCGACGACGACGACGGCGGCGAAGAAUACAACCCGGAGAACGAAGCUUUGUCUUUGGAGGAGGAGGAGGAGGAGGAAGGAGAAGAAGAAGGAGAAGAAGAAGGAGGAGAAGAAGAAGGAGAAGAAGAAGAAGAAGACCGCGUCGUGGGCGAAAGACCCGAGACCUGCACCUUUCCGUCCAAAAACGGCGAACUGACGUGGUCCUCGACGGCGCACGGCAGACGGGGCGCGACCGACGAGCAGAGUCGGCCGGGUCCGCCGACCCCCGGGCCCACGGAGGAAGCGGCGUCCCGCGCCACCGACAUCGCCUCGACGUUCCGGCUGUUUGUGACGCCCGCGAUAGAAGACAUUGUCCUGGAGAUGACCAACCUCGAAGGUCGCAGAAGAUACGGGGACGACUGGAAAGUUAUGGACCGGGUCGACCUGCGCGCCUACGUGGGCCUCCUGAUCCUGGCGGGCGUGUACAGGUCCAGAGGGGAGGCCGCCGCCAGUCUGUGGGACGCGGAGAGCGGAAGGGCCAUUUUCCGCGCCACGAUGCCGCUGAAGGACUUUCACGCGUACUCGACACUGUUGCGAUUCGACGACCGCGAGACGAGGCGCGAGCGACGAGCGAGCGACAAACUGGCGGCCGUGCGAGACGUGUGGGACGCGUGGGUGCUCCGACUGCCGCUCCUCUACAACCCGGGGCCCGAGGUGACCGUGGACGAGCAGCUGGUUCCGUUCAGAGGGCGGUGUCCCUUCAGGCAGUACAUGCCCAGCAAGCCGGCGAAAUACGGAAUCAAGACGUGGGUGGCGUGCGACGCCAGAUCCAGCUACGCGUGGAAGAUGCAAGUGUACACCGGCAAGCCGACGACGGGCGGCGGCGGCCCCGAGAGGAACCUGGGGAUGAGGGUCGUGCUCGACGUCACGGAGGGCCUGGCGGGUCGCAACGUGACGUGCGACAAUUACUUCACGUCCUACGAGCUGGCGCGCCGGCUCCUGGCCAGGGGGAUCACCGUGGUCGGCACGGUUCGAAAGAACAAGCCCGAGCUUCCGCCCGCUCUGCUGGCGACGAGGGACAGGGCGGUGUUCUCUUCGAUGUUUGCGUUCACGCCCACCACGGCCCUGGUGUCCUACGUGCCCAAGAAAAACCGCAACGUGGUGCUCAUGAGCACGCGGCACGCCGAGGCCGAGGUCGGCGACCGCCCGGACGGGAAGCCCGCGAUCAUCCUGGACUACAACCGCAACAAGGGAGGCGUGGACAACCUGGACAAGGUGAUCGGCACGUACAGCUGCAGGAGGAUGACGGCCCGCUGGCCCCUGGUCGUGUUCCACAACGUCGUCGACGUGUCCGCCUACAACGCCUUCGUGAUAUGGCGAGAGGUCCGUCCCGACUGGAUGUCCGGCAAGCGGAGCAAGCGCAGGUUCUUCCUCGAGCGGCUCGGAAAAGAGCUCGUGACGCCGCUCGUCGAGAGGAGGGCGUGUCUCCCCCGCACGGAAGCGUCCGCGGCGGUCGUGCGGGCCGCCCGGAGGGCGCGCGGUCGAGCCGAGGCGGCGCCGGAGGCGGAACGGGAGCCGGAAACGCGGGCGGCGGCCGUCGCCUCGGCUCUGUCCAGGGUGGCGAGCAAGAGGAAGAGGUGUCAGAUUUGCCCGUCGAAGAAGGACAGCAAGACGCACACCGUCUGCUGCGCGUGCAGGAGGUACAUCUGCCGGGGCUGCUCGCGCGCGUUCUGCCCCGCCUGCGCCGACCGGCGUGUCUCGAGCGACGGAGGCGGGGGGCGCGGAGACGACGACGGCGGCGACGACGGAGGCGCGGCGCGCACCUGCGACUAUUGGAGGACGCGAGGACGACAAGGCGUGGAGGGGGGUGACGGCUGAACGCGCGCGUGCGUGCGUGCUACUACUAACGGAGGGCGGGGGUGAAGGCUGAAUGCUUGACGUAAUAAAAACACAAUGGAUGUACACACCAAUCUGCAUUGUCUUUAUUCACA